AUGUACUCGGAAAUGGACUUUCUGGUAUUUGGGAAGGAAAGGCAUAAUGAGAAGGACGAGGGAAUUAUCGAAGCCUACUGUUUGCAAAACCAGGAUAGUCGUGUGGUAGGGCGGAUUUUGAAACGAAAAGCCUGUGCCGUAGUAGGCUUGCAGGGCAUGCUGUGUGCCAUCGGAGGAAAGGUUCAGGGUGAUGCUACCGGAAACGUGGACGUCUUUGAUCCCAAAACGCGACGGAAUUGGUCACUAACACAGAUGAAGACAGCAAGAUAUGGUCAUGGAGCUGUCGCGAUAGGUGGUGAUAUAAUUGUCUGUGGUGGUAAAACCGGCGACUUGUGGCUCAAAACCUGCGAAGCUUUCUCUGAAACGACAAAAAGUACCCUGCCUGACCUCGUGGAGGAACGCAGUGGACUGGGUGUGGCCAGUCUGCCAGGCCGGCGCGUCUUCGUUAUCGGCGGCAGGAAUUCUGAGAAGCGCUUCUCCUCUGUGGAGUACUGCCAGCUGCCUGACCAACUGACCGGCGAUAUCACGGACUGUGCAUUCUGGAAGGUGGCUGCACCC